UACUAAGAAGAGAUCAGAUGAGGUAACAGCCCCUGUGAAUAGGUUCUCCAUCAUUCGGCUUUUGGUGAUAUUUGAUUGGGGAAGGACUGACGGCGGCGUUCACACUGGGGGGAGCGACCGAAGUCGGCUGAGGUGGCGGUGCCAGGAGAGGGACUGCCGCCGCUGGUGGCAGCGGGGCUGCUCCGGCGCAGUUGGGUGGCGCAGCUCUGUUCACGGCGACCGCUGUCAUCUCUCCGUAGAUUCCGUGACACCUGAACGACGGGCCGGCGGUGCAAACAUUAGGGCGCACCAGCAGCGCGCCGUUGAGGUACAGGUUCCUCCUCCCGCUGUUGUUCACUGUGAUCAUGGAAUCAGGUUCGUACGUGGGAACCAGAGUCCCCGAGGGGAGACGCCGCAGGUCGUCGAACAGCAGCAGGGAGGGGAUCGAAUGCCUGCCCAGGAACGCCACCACCUCGUUCUCCGGGAUGAGGAUCUUGGACAGCAUCCUGUCGCUGGGCAUCAGGAAGGUGGAGUUGUCGGGGACCUUGUCCUGCACCAUCUGGAUGAGCAUGGCGAAGGAGAAGUAGCUGGCGCGCUGCAUCUCCCGGACCGCCACUACGACGUCCCUGCCGUGCGGCGAAGCUGCAAUCGGGUGGUGGGACGAGGCCGCGGCGAGCAGGGAGAGCAGAGUGAUGGGGAGAAGGGAAGGAUUGAUUAUAGGGAGACGUCACACCUGCGUGCUGCGCCAACUACUACGAAGCUCAUGGCUUGGGCAUUGCCUUUCGACCUCGUUCCUUCGCAGGGCUUACAGGCAGGCGAAGUCCUCCUCGGCACCGCACCAUCGACCUCCUUCAUCUUCUUUCCCUCGACCUGGUUGCUGCGUUUCCUGUUAGGAGAAGCAGAAGUAGCGUCCCCUUCAUCAACCUCGACUUCCUCUGUAACUGAUCUCCGCCGCCGGGUCCUUGAUGCCACGCCACCAGCAUCCUCCCUCGGCCCCUUCAGCUGCUCCGCCGCGAUUCUAUCGAAUUCCUCCCCGAGCCUCCUCACCCUUUUCCUCUUGCCAUCACCAGAUCUACUUGGAGAGAAAGAAACCUUAAACUCACUCUUCCCUUGCUCCGACGCUACCACCUCCUCAUCAUCAUCGCCACCAGACGAGACCGAAUCGGGGGACGCAAGAUGGAGAGGCUUCCGGCCGGCGACUCUGGGCUUCGAAAUCAUCGACUUGGGUCUGACGGAGAGCACCGGCGUUCCUCGUUGCAUCUUCUCUUGCUGCGCGCGGAGCUUCUUGAUGGAGCCCUCGAUGCGGCCCUGGAGGCGGUGGCGGUUGAAAUUGAGGCCGCCCAUGGACCAGUGCGCCUCCUUCGCCCAGGAGAGGAAGGGGUCCAUGACGGGCACCGGUGGGUCCACCCGCUCGUCGUUGAACUUCACAUCAGCGUAGAAGCGAGGCCGCGGGAGGCUACUCCCGUAGAACCUCCCCGGACCCAACGCCACCACCAUUUACAGCGCGAGAGAGAGAGAGAGAGAGAGAGAGAGAGAGAGAGAUGCAUGAUAAGGAGAGCCUAAGCGUCUUAUAAAGGCAGGAAGGGGAGAUGGCGGGAAUGAUUGGCGCCACUCUCUUGGCGGGAUGAACCGAAGAAAUCCAAGUGAAGGCGCGAGGGGACGGCGGGAAGGUAAAUUUUCAACCUUUUCCCGGUAGACUAAUAAUGGUCGUUGGAUUGACUUGACGAUGUAGAACGAAUAUACCAAAUAGACGUCUAAUAAAUUGACACCUUCCGCGACACAUAGUUUUAGU